AGAUCAUUCGUCCUAUCUUCGAAAAGAGUGGCGUGUGUGUGUUGUGAGGUGUCACCGUGUCUUACUCCGCGUUACCUCAAAUCUUCAUCCGUGAAUUCACCCACUGUGAUGGAGGAGGACAGAGAAGACAGAUCCGGGGGAGAUGGAGGAGGAUAUCCCCGGGCAGCCAAGCGGCUCCGCACGGAAGAGGAGGCCGGCGGAGAGGAGCUGGAGGACGGGGAGGAUGAAUCUGAGAAGGCGGUGGAGAGCAGCGUUACCACAGACACCAGGAGCAGGAGGACCGGAGGAAAGAGCGGUGUGGACGACACUCACUGUAUCCCCCCCUCCCCGGUGGUUCACGUCCGAGGGCUCUGUGACGCCGUGGUGGAGGCCGAUCUGGUGGAGGCGCUUGACAAGUUUGGCAACAUCUGUUACGUGAUGAUGAUGCCGUUUAAGCGCCAGGCUCUGGUGGAGUUCGACAGCGUGGAGAGUGCGGAGCGCUGCGUGUCGAGUGGAAAUCGUGAAGCCGUGUGCAUCGCCGAGCAGCAGGCCUUCUUCAACUUCUCCACCAGCCAGAGGAUCACCAGACCCACCAACGCAGACGACCCCAGCAGCGGAAACAAAGUCCUGCUGCUCUCCGUCCAGAACCCGCUGUACCCCAUCACCACCGAUGUCCUGUACACCGUCUGCAACCCGAUCGUUAACGUCCUGCGCAUCGUCAUCUUCAAACGCAACGGCAUCCAGGCCAUGGUGGAAUUUGAGUCAGUGGAGGACGCUCAGAAGGCCAAACUGGCUCUGAACGGGGCCGACAUCUACGCCGGCUGCUGCACACUCAAGAUCGAGUACGCUCGGCCCAACAGACUGAACGUCGUCCGCAAUGACAACAGCAGCUGGGAUUACACCAAGCCCUUCCUCCUGCAGCGAGAGCGGGGAAAAGGGAGGCAACGACAGGCCAUCCUGGGAGAGCACCCAUCCAACGGCUAUGGCCCGCACUGCCCCCUGCUGCCUCUGCCGGCCAACAGCAGGUACAGGAGGAGCAGUGAGGAGGUGCACGACAUGAUAACCUACCCGCUGCUACACCAUAAGACCUCCUCUUCCUCCUCCUACAUGGGCCACCCCGCCUCCAGCUCAGUGGCCAUGGUGAGCGGCCUCCAUCCUGCAAAGAUGAACUGCGGCCACAUCUUCAACAUCUUCUGUCUUUAUGGCAACGUGGAGAAGGUGAAGUUCAUGAAGAGUGUUGCGGGCACGGCGUUGGUGGAGAUGGGGGAUGAGUACGCUGUGGAUCGAGCCGUGACUCACCUCAACAGCCUCAAAGUGUUUGGCAAAAAACUCAACGUCUGUGUGUCCAAACAGCAGGCGGUGAUUCCCAGUCAGGUGUUUGAGCUGACUGACGGCAGCAGCAGCUACCAGGACUUCAGUCUGACCAGAAACAACCGCUUCAGCAGCUCCCAGAGCAGCAGGAACAUCAUCCAGCCGCCAGCCGCCGUCCUGCACUUCUAUAAUGCCCCGCCCACCCUCACCGAACACCAGCUGCAGAAGCUCUGUACUGAACACAACGUUCCCAUCUUCAUCAAGUUCAAGAUCUUCGAUGCGAAACCUAGCUCUAAGACUCUGUCUGGUCUGCUGGAGUUUGACAGUAAAACUGAAGCUGUGGAAGCUCUGACCGUCCUCAACCAUCACCAAAUCAGAAUACCAAACAGCUCCAACCCCUUCACCCUGAAACUCUGCUUCUCCACCUCCUCCCAUCUGUGAGAACAGAAACAAGAUGGCCGCCACAGUUCAGCCAAGUCUUUCUGGAUCAGAGAGGAAGUGUUAUGCUUUCCAAAAAGAGAAAAUGAUCCACAGAAGAUUUGAGAUUUUGCUUUGAGCUGUUUGAAUGGUUGGUAUGUGUGUUUCUCAUUGAUUUGGGCAGGAAGUGAUUGAAAAAGAAAAGCACCUUAAUGACUGUGCAGUAAACAUAUUGAGUAAUAGUGUGAUAAGCUUCCUUUGAAACAUGAGUGCUGUAAGUCGCCAGAGGAAAAAACUUCUGCUCAGGCUAAAAUGUAAAUACACGUUCACCUAAACAGUUUCAUUAAAUCACAAUCAAAUGACUUUAUCAUCCACAAACUGGCCCUUGCAUACGUAUCAUGCAGAUAGCUAUAAAUAGAUGAGUAAACAUAUUAAUACUAAGUCACAGUGAAAAAUCUUUUUGGACGGCGUUGUAUUUGUUGUAGCAGGAUGUUGAACAAAACUCAGGGAGGUAUUAGUAAAAAGUGAAAAUCCAUCCAAUAUCGGAGCAACAUUUGACAAUCCUGUAAUAUUUUUUAUAUGUUUUAAUAUGUCAUUUUGGUUUGGCAUUGGUUGGGUUUUACAGUAGGCUGUGUGUUUUAUUUUAUUUUAAGUUAUUUUAUUAAAUAGGUUUUGUUAAUUAUAGAUUGUGUUGGAUUUAACCUUCCAUGUUUAUGUAUUUUUUAUUUGUAUUUGUAGUAAAGGCAAAAGAAAUGGAGGACAAAAAACCUUGGUCCAGGAAAGUGUUUUUCAAUUGUUUUAAAAUGACAGUGUUUAUAGAAGUGGGGGCUGAUUCUUGCUUUACUUUUAAGUCAUUAUUUAUUAAAUCUAUGUUUACAGAAACAAAUCAUCAUGAGUAUAAAAUCCUUUUUUUAGUUUUGGUUGCUUGAACUGUGACUUUUUAAGUAGCAAUACUUUCCGUGUAUACUUCUCCAUUGCAUUCAAUUCUCAUGUAGAUGCAGAGUACAUGAGAGCUGUUAUUGCAGUUAUAGUGAACUGUAUCUGCAACUAAAAAACACAACAAUAUCUGACAUAUUAUCAACCUUUAAGUAGCUGGUGGACAAACGCCGCUCCAAUGUAAUGAUCAUGUCGUUCUGUGUCUUCUGGAUGUUCAUCAGGUCAGCUGUUUGACUUGAAGAUAGCCACAACUACUUAAUAAGUUUGUAUUUUCAGCUGCAAGCAAGUUUCCUUUAAAGAAAACAAAUAAUUAAUGCUGUUUUAAAACAUGGUGCUGGGUCAUACCAUGAAAGCAAUUACUGUAAAUUACAUGAGAUGAGGAACAGCUAGCAUUAUGCUAAAAUUUAAAAACUAUAUCGCUCAAAACGUCAGCAGACUUAAUGCAUCCAAUUUAGUUUAACCACUAUUUCCUUACAUAUAGGACCUUGAGGUCAACGCAUAAUAAGAAUGAAAUGCUAAACAUUCUACAUGCUGUUACGAUGCUACCAUGUUAGCAUAAAUCUGUUUGAACGUCUCCACGUCUAUUUCCUCUACAGUCAUCUGGAAAAUGAUUAUAUAUUGUAAAUGUAAUUAUUCAACGUUGUAAGUAGCACAAACUACAUUUUACAGAUAAAACUUAAAACUUUUGGCAUGGACUGACACCACUAGAGAGAAGGGAGACUUUAUGUGUGUGUGAUUUGGGGCAAACAGACCCAUUAAAAUAUAUGAAAGCACAUAUUUUUGAUGGUGAAUGAUGCUGUGAAAAGAACUGUCUUUGUCCUCGUGUAUGAUUUUAAUGAAAAAGAGACAAUCACAAAGUACUUGUCUUUACCUAUUGAUGUUGAUUGUAAUAAAAGUUGUUUAUUUGA